GCCUCCAACCCUCUAAAGCCAGAGGAACACAAAAACUUCCUUCUCUUCCUCUCUUCUCUUCUAAAAAGGUUCUUCUCAGUUUUCUGUUUCUAGAAUCUUCUAAGCUUCUUCUGUUUCCCAACUAACUGAGUAGCAAGCCAUGGAAACGAGUCCCGGCCGUACGAUUAAGCUCCUCUGCAGCUACGGCGGCAAGAUCCUCCCACGCGCUACCGACGGCGAGCUCCGUUACAUCGGUGGCCACACCAGAGUCCUCACCGUGGACCGUUCCAUUUGCUUCUCAGACUUGUUGGUAAAGCUAGGAGAGUUGUGCGGUUCGUCUGUGACGUUACGGUGUCAAUUGCCGAACGGAGACUUAGAAACCUUGAUCUCCGUCACCAACGACGAAGAUCUGACGCACAUAAUUGAAGAAUAUGACCGCGCUUCGUCGAAACUACCUCAUCCGUUGAAGAUCAGAGCCGUGCUGUUUCCGCCAAAAUCGUCGAGGAAGGUUUCUCCGGCGACGUCGUCUCCGUCGUUGUCUUCCUCUGCUUCAUCCAGCGCCAGCCACUCGCCAGCAAGAUCUCCGUACACAUCCGCGGAAUCGCUGCCGCAUGCGGCGGCGUAUCGCGUCGUCCGCCAAAGCCGUCCUGUCCCGAUCCGUAACGGAUCGGCGAAAGCGUGUUGCUACAACGGCCAGCUAGAAGGAAGCCCUAGGUUUCUUUAUUACGGACCUCGCUUCAGUAAUUAUUGCCAUUGAAGCGGAAUCUUUAGAGUUAUGCACAGUAAAUACAAGGAUUAAGGAACAAAAUCCAAAUACGAACCUGAUUCUUCCAUAUAUACGAUGAUGAUGAAAAAUACCAAAGGACUCGAGAAAAAUUAGGGGAAAAAUGAAUGAAAAGAGGAAAAUAUAGAGAGAUGAGUUAAGAAGAAUUUUAUUUAGUUUGAAGUUUGAUAAAAUUUUGGAUCUGGUUGAGGUUCUAAUUUUUAAAACGAGCUUCAGUUCUUUUCUUCCUUGGGCUUCAUUGGCUUUGGAACUAUUCUUUGUCCCUGAACCAGUCAGGGGUCCGUUACCGUUACCGUUAACAGCCGUAUAAUUCGGAGACAAUUUUUUGUGACGUGUCCUAUGCGUUCCGCUUUUGGUGGUUUUCCUUCCGUUUAACGACACUCGUUGAUGUGAAUUCAUUAUUUGAUUAUUUACCGGUCAAUAAUCUUGUUUGGUGUGCUUGAGGGGGCGGAUAUAGAUGCUUGUGGCGUGUGGGAAGAGGACAAAAGAGGAUUGAACCUUCAAGAAAUUUGUUAGGGCAACUUGUCCCACAGCUGCAAGCUUAGUAUAUUAUGGAACUUUAAAAAAAUGCAUAAAAAGACACCCAGGGCACGAAUGUGGACACCACACCAGCCAUCAAGAUACCAUAAGCUUAUAAUUUUGGAUUAGAAUAAGAUAUAAAUUUUGUGAGAUAAUAAAUUAAAAAAAUUGGUAUUAGUUAAUGAUGAAAUUGAUGAACGAAAUGAAUAGUGGAGGUGGUGCCCGGUGGAGUAAGUCAGCAAGGGUGGGUUACUUGACAACUUGACCUCAACUGCAUUAUCAUUGCUGGGGCAUAUUCCUUUGGUGGGUUCACACUUAAAUAGUUAAAUCUACCCCUACUCUUGUAUAAAGAUUGGACUAUAAAUAAAUCAAAUCAUGGAGAGAGCAUUGAAGAAGGAACAUGAACAUAACCCCUCAAUGUUUUCCGGAUAAAGAAAGAUUACGGAAUUGACGAAAGUAACCAAGCUAUUGGGAUGCAGAGGCUCCAAAAUAAGCUUUUGUUAAAAAUUACACAUUGAUUUUUGCUAAGGCCCAACAAGCCAACAAUUCAAGGGAGAGCGGUGAAAGAAAAUAUACUAUUUCUUUCCACAAGGGAUCUCAAGGACCGAGUACCUAAAGUAAAUAAAUAAAUAAAUAAACACAAGGGCACAAAUGGGAGUACAUUAUUUUUACUUUCCAGGAAGAGAGGAGGAUUUUUUUCGGA